AUGCCAUGGCGCUUCUGGGCCAAAGCCGACCCGCCGCCCGAUGACAAGCAGCAAACACGCCAAAAUGAGACCCACUCGCCGCCAUCAACCCCGAUCACCACCAGCAGCAGUCCGUCCAGAUUCACGCCCUCCCAGACCGUCGCCUUCUCCCUCGUCACCACCGGCACCGCGCUCGGCCUGAUCCGCAUCUACAAGACCCGCCUCCGCCGAAUCCCCACCAUCGCGCACCUCAAACCGACCCAUUUCCGCACCCGGUCGCUGUACGGCUACGUCACGCGCGUCGGCGACGGCGACAACUUCCACUUCUUCCACACGCCGGGCGGGAGAUGGACGGGCUGGGGCUGGAUGAGAGGGAUUAGUAAGGGGAAGGAGCUCAAGGGCAAGACGCUGCAUGUCCGGCUGGCGGGGGUGGAUGCGCCUGAGAUGGCCCAUUUCGGGAGACCCGAGCAGCCGUUCGGCAGGGAGGCGCUGGAGUGGUUGCGGGGCGCGGUGCUGCACAGGUAUGUGCGGGUGCGGCCGUGGCGACGGGAUCAGUACGAGCGGGUGGUGUGUACGGUGUACAGGAGGAAGUGGCUGGUGUGGAAGACGGAUGUGGGGCUGGAGAUGAUCAAGCGGGGGUUGGCGACGGUGUACGAGGCCAAGUUUGGGAGCGAGUUUGGCGGCAAGAAGGAGGCGUAUGCGCAAGCUGAGGAAGAGGCGAAGAGGAAGAGGAUUGGCAUGUGGCAGAAGCCGGGGCUGCUGGGCAAGCUGAUGGGCAGGAAGGAGAGUUCCGAGAGUCCGCGAGAGUACAAGACGAGGAUGACGGCGCAAGAGGAGGCUGCCAAGUGA